CAAUGAAACUUCACCCCACGUUCCAACUCUUCCAACAACAUACUAUAUCAUUCUCUUUCUCUCUUUCUCUCUUUCUCUUGUGUGGUCAACCAUUACACUGCUCAUUCUCUUUUCACAUUGAAUUUUUUCUGCAUUCUUCUGUAUCACUGUGCAAACUUCACCCUCCAUGGCAAAGCCAGAAAAACCGAAAUCUGGGUGUUUUCCUGGCUUACUACGUGUGCUACUAUGUGCUGGAAAUGCAACUAGUCCUCCAGUGCACCCCUCUGAUCAUUUCACGGAAUCAGAUGACUCAGAAAAAGCACAUUCCACCAAAGAAACCGUGGUGGUGAAUGAUGGUUCAACUCCUGGAGUGGUGGCAAGGUUAAUGGGCUUGGAUUCACUUCCAAACUCCAAAUGGGCAAUGAAAGGAGGGAGCCCAGAUUCCGUUCCUAGAAGCAGGUCAGUGAACUUUGUGGAUUACUUGCUUGAGUUUGAUGCAAGCCAUGCCAUUCACAGAAGAGUGAAGACUUCAUCAUCGUUCAGAGAGGUUCCUGCUUUGUUUCAGAACCAAAAGGGUAAUAAUAACCUCUUUGUGCUUUGCAUGGAUGGUGACAAAGACGAAGAGGUGAGGAAAUUGGAAAUGGGUUUGGGAGAGGUGAGGAAGGUGAAGAGACAGGGGAGUAAGAACAAGGAGAGUGUGAGUGUGAAGAAAGAGAGGAAUGUAGGUAAGAACAGGAAAAUUUCAAAGCUGAAGAAUGAGCCAAGGAGAGACCCUUCUUCUAAGCAUGCUUCAAAGGGUCGAAAUCUUGAAGGUAAAGAUUUGUCUUCUGUGUCCUCAGGUUUCUCUAAGUGUAGUUCUUGUAGUAAUAGACAAAAUGGCGCUGGUUCAAGAUCAAGCUCAAACACUUAUUUGACAAAGAAGGGGCUUGUGCAAACAAAAGACAAGAGGAACAUGAGAAACCAGAAGUUACUCUUGAAGGUUCAAAGUGAAUGCAGCUUGGAAAAUCGCAGUCCAGUUUCAGUUGCAGAUAGCAAUGACUAUCCUUUCCUUUAUGAAACAGAUUUUCUAGAUGGUUCAAACACCACGGGUUCAAAGUCAAAGAGGGUAUCUCCAUCAGUGUUGUCCUUGGAUUGUGAUGUUGAAGACAGUGCAAGUACUAAUAAAGAUUAUACCUUCAUAGAUGUCAACAAGGAAGCAGAGUAUCUCUCAGAAAUGAUGUUGCAGCUUCGUACUUUGACAGAACACGAUGUAAGAGAGUCAGAUUGUACCUUAAAACGUAUGCGUGAGAGUGAAAGUUUUAGGGAUAUUUGUUUGGUGUUUGAGCAUAAAAUUUUCGACCAUUUAUUAUAUGAGGUCGUCAAUGAAUUUUCUGAACUUCGUUGUUGAUUUUUUUAUUUUCAUUUUGGUGUGUAAAGUAUCAAUAGAUCUAGGAUAUUUUGUUAUGAUUUUGGAAAUGAACCAACUAUUGUGUUUUCUACAUGAUC